AUGCCUGUCGUUCUCGAACGACCUCGAAACGUGCAGAUGAUGAGAGACUCAUCGUUCUACGGCCUGAAGGCAGCUAAACAGCACAAGAAGGCAAAACAGCUCCCCUGGGUCGACGUCAGUGACGACGACGAUAAGGAAAAGAGGAACGGAAUUAAGCGAAAGCAUUCCAGUAGCCAUAACCACCACGAUCACUCUCAGAAUGGUCAGAACGGGCAUAAACACAAAAAACGCCGGCGCUCAUCACAGCACAGCGACUCCCCACACCUGAAUGGAGUUUCAGACGAAGCGGGUCCGAGCAGACAAAGCACGCCCCACACCAAUGGCAUGAACUCGGGCUCGAUAAGCGCAAAAGCAAAGGCAAUCCAAGAGCAGCGUCGUCAGCUCCCCAUUGCCCAAGGAAGAGAUGCUCUCAUUGAUGAAAUCAAGAAUAACGAUGUCACUGUACUUCUAGGAGAAACGGGUUCUGGAAAGACAACUCAGGUUCCUCAAUACAUCCUGGAGAGCGGGAUAGCGAGAAACGGCAUGAUAGCAGUUACUCAGCCACGUCGAGUUGCCGCCACUUCUCUUGCGCAGCGUGUAGCGUUGGAGCAAAGUGUUCCCGUUGGAGGCCUUGUUGGUUAUGCCGUUCGUUUCGACGAGAAGCAUUCGGCCAAAACCCGGAUAAAAUACCUUACUGAUGGAAUGAUUGUCCGGGAACUCAUGUCGGAUCCGCUUCUGAGCAACUACAGUGUGGUGAUCGUCGACGAAGCCCACGAAAGGACGCUCCGAACGGAUUUGCUCAUAGCCAAUCUCAAGUCCAUUCAAAAGCAGAGGAACCCAAGUCCCAACGAUAAGGGGAAGGGGAAGGCGGAUUCUUCCAACCCUCUCAAGGUUGUCAUUAUGAGUGCUACUCUCGACGCUGAGAAAUUCAGCAAAUUCUAUUACAAUGCGAAAAUUGUCUACAUCAAGGGCCGGCAACAUCCCGUCAAGAUAUAUCACUCUGUGGAAAGCCAGUUAGACUAUACAGACGCUGCUAUGCGAGCGUUCUUCCAAAUCCACACCGAUCAACCGCCGGGAGAUGUUUUGAUAUUCCUACCUGGUCAAGAGGAUAUCGAGAGUCUUCAAAAGUCAAUUCAACUUUUUGCCAACCAACUGCCUGUGGAUACGCCCGCGGUGCUGACAUGUACCAUGUUCGCUGCACAGGACAACUCGCAAAAUAGCAAGGCUUUCAAUCCAACGCCUCCCAACACGCGGAAAUGUAUCCUGGCCACCAACAUUGCUGAAACGUCGAUAACGAUACCUGGUAUCAAAUACGUUAUCGACACCGGGAAGUGCAAGGAAAAGCAGUACCUUGCCAGAUCCGCAGGUGGAGGAUUUGAUACUCUCUUGACGAGGGAUAUCACAAAGUCCUCUGCCACAUGGAACGAUAGAGCUAUUGUUUUCUUGCUAGAGGAGGCGUAUAGCAGUAUGGCAGUCUCAGGAGACCCCGAAAUCCUCAGGUGCAGCCUCACCUCGAGCAUCCUGAAUCUCAAAUGUCUGGGACAGAACCUUGAAGACAUUGACCUCAUGGACAAGCCCGAUUUUGAGUCUAGCAAGUGA